AUGGAGGAGGGAGGGUGCACGUGAGGGUUAAUCUGUGUUGGGAUGCACCUGACGCCCUGGCUCACCUGAGGCGGGCAGGUACCUGGCGAGCUCACUCACGGGCUCACCUGACGGGAGGCACCUGCACGCUGGCUGCUCGCUGGCAGGAGGCGCUCCUGGACUUGAGGAAAAGGCUGAUGAAGUUCUGCCUGGUCUGCCGCGUGUACCUGAACCACCAGAGCAAGGUGCUGAGUGAGAAGGUGCGUGAGUCCCUCUCUGUGCUCACCGGGUGCCCCCAGGGCUGGCCGAGCAAGAGGAGGGGCGUUAGAGACGCCCAUGCACGUGUGCCUGUGAUGAUCAGGGCACUUGGCGUUUCAUGUGAUGCUGUUUUCUCCUCUCAGUGUGUCUCAUAGGGUGACAUUUGUCCUCGAGCGGUGUAGAGUCGUGGGAGCAUCUCAUUUAUAUGAACUGGUUUGCAUGCCUUUGCACGCCCCGAUUUAUGGGAACCCGUGUGCAUACCUCCCCCCCGUUGACGGGAGCCCAGAGCCCGCGCGCACGCCCCCGUUGACGGGAGCGCAGAGCCUGCGUGCACGCCCCCGUUGACGGGAGCCCGGAGUCGCGCUCAUGGCCCCGGUUUACGGGAGCCCAUGUGCACAGCCCGUUUAUACCAGCCUGGCGGGAGCUCCUGUCAUCGGAUACCACUGCUCUGGUGGUGGACACGCUUGGUGUUAAUUCCUGCCCACCGUGUCUCUGGUGGUUGCGGUACACGAAAUCUUCAGGGCCAUCUCCUGUCUCCGGGGAAGCCGUUCUAAAGGCUUCACGAUGCCGGACCCAGCCCCCCUGCUUCCUGCCACCUUACGGGCUCAGUUGCCCACCUGCUUUUUUCCGACGCGGGUGUGAGUUUUAAAAAGAUCCUCUCCCGUUGUCUUAGAUAAAACCCACCUCCCGUUUGACCAUUGAUGGCUGAGGAGGUUGAGCGUGUGUCUCCUUUCCCAGCCACUGACUUCUGUCCUGUGACCCUGCCCCUGCCCCCCUCAGUCACAAGUAUGUGUCCAUGGUUUCCUGUCCAUGGGGCUUUGGCCAUGGCCUUGGCCGCACCGCUCUCCUGCCUGGAUGUUGGGGACAUUCCCGUUCACUGUGCCUUCAUCCUGCUCUGCGACCUGCUGCUCAUCCUGAGCCACCAGGGCCCUGAGGAGGACAAGGGCCUGGGGCUACUGUUCUUCGUCCCCGAUCACGUCCUGCAGUGCAAGCUGCUCACCUUUGUCAGGGAGCACGUGUUCCUGGAGGACACAGGAGCCGCAGGUCCCAGCAGAGUUUACAAGGAGGAGGAUGCGGACGAGCUGCAUGAGCUGUUCCACAGGAGAAACAUGCUGGCCGUGUUCUGUAAGCUCAUCGUCUGCAACGUGCUGGAGAUGAGCGCGGCCGCCGACAUCUACCAGUUCUACCUGAAGCACUACCAUCACUUUGGCGACAUCAUCAAGGAGACCAUGACGAGGACGAGGCAGAACGACAGGCUCCGCAAUGCGCUGUCCCUGCUUCUGUGUCUGCAGCAGCUGUUCCAGAAGCACGUGGACACGUAUGGCCUUGGCUAUGACCCCAUUGAGUUCAUCUGCGGCCCCUUCUACUCCAUCCGGCUGCUGGCCCGACGCUUUGCGCUCACCCUCGGCUUUGACCGCACCCCAGACGCUGCCCACCUGAUCCACAGGUGCGUGCUGGGACGGGGUGCUCUCUGACAAUGCCGCCUUCUGUGCCCCACCCCUGGUCGGAGCCCUGCCUGGCGCCGUGCUCCCC